AUGGUCUACGGGGGUUUCGUUUGUCCGAUAGGGGAUGCCUGCAACAACAUGCUGAAAGACGAGAUUGGCGUUAAUGACUCCAAGAAGCUGACCGCCGAUGCGCGUGUUAACAAGUUCCGCCAGCUGAACACAGCGUCCAAACCGUUUGCCAUAUGCGCAGAAGUGCUGACACCGAAGUUCAUCAGCUACAAGAUGUUGCAGAGGUAUCUCUUCAGUAUACCGCAGCAUAUUCCGCGCAGAGACAGCUACAACCUUAACAAGAUAUCGCACGACUCAGCCAUCUCUCUGAUUCGCCACUUUCUAUCGCAAGGAUUCAAUUUGAAGGAGGUGUACGUGGAUGCCGUUGGUUCGACGGGCGUCUACGAGGCCAAACUGCGUGAGCUGUUUCCUGGCAUCCGCUGCGUUGUUGCCACUAAAGCUGAUUCUAAGUUCCCCGUGGUCAGCGCAGCUUCCAUCGUGGCCAAAGUUAUUCGCGAUAACAUGGUCGAGUCGUGGCUGUACGACAAGUCUGAGCACGUGGAAGUGGGAUCCGGUUACCCCAGUGAUCCUACCACUGUGAGGUUUUUGUCUCGCAGCGUAGACAAAGUCUUUGGUUUCUCGACGUUUGUGCGCACGAGUUGGGCCACGGCGAAGAACAUACUAGCGGACAGCAAUGUGGCCGCCCCGUUCGAGUGGUACGAAAUCAACACCAAGGACAACGAGCAGGAAGCUGAGCGGAUGAAGGUGAUACGUGAGACCGAGUGGCCUCCCUUCCGGACGCUGCAGACCAUCACAGAGCUCUAA